CACCGCGGUUUCUCAGGUUGACUGUGACAGCAAAACAAGCAAUGCUGAAUAUCAGGCAGCAGCACAACAAAGUCAAUUUCGAUAACACUGGUGAGAAACCCUACAUGUGUGAGGAGUGUGGGUACAGGACAGGUGACAGGUCCAACUUAUCCAAGCAUAUGAGAAUCCAUACAGGAGGAAAACCCUACAAGUGUGACCAGUGUGACUAUUCUGCUGCACAGAAACCUCAUUUAGACUAUCAUCUCACUAAGCACACCGGUGAGAAACCCUACAUGUGUGGGGAGUGUGGGUACAGAACAGCUAACCAGUCUUACUUAUCUAAACAUAUGAGAAUCCAUACUGAGAAACCCUACAUGUGUGGGGAGUGUGGGUACAGGACAGGUAAAAAGUCUCACCUCUCCGUACAUAUGAGAACCCACACAGGAGAAAAACCCUACAAGUGUGACCAGUGUGACUAUUCUACUGCACAGAAAUCUGAUUUGGAUAAUCAUCUAGCAAAACAUACUGGUGAGAAACCCUACAUGUGUGGGGAGUGUGGGUACAGGGCAACUGUAAGGUCUUACUUAUCCCGACAUAUGAAAACCCAUACAGGAGAAAAACCCUACAAGUGUGACCAGUGUGACUAUUCUGCUGCACGGAAGUCUCAUUUAGACCGACAUCUAGCAAAACACACCGGUGAGAAACCCUACAAGUGUGACCAGUGUGAAUAUUCCUCAGCAGAGAAAUCCAAUUUAGACCAACAUCUAGCAAAACACACGGGUGAGAACCCUACAUGUGUGGGAGUGUGGAUACAGGGCCACUUACCAGUUGUCCUUAGCCUAUCACAUGAAAGGCCAUACAGGAGAAAAACCCCACAAGUGUGACCAGUGUAGCUAUUCUGCAGCCUCUAAGGCUGCCCUAACUCAACAUAUAAAAAUACACACGGAGACAUCAAAUUUGCAACUGUGACCAUCUCGUAGUGACAUUUAGUUUGCACAAUCCUGUGUUAACUGCAGUUUCUCUAUACUAAGGUUUAAAAUACAAACCUCCUUGCUAUUUCGAAAACGGUUAGGCUAAAUAUUCUUUUAAAAAUUAUAACACAUAUACUGUAUUUACA